AUGGCAAAAUUUGUGAUCGCUGGAAAAGCUAAUUGUCCACAUUAUGCCAAAGCUGAACUAUUAGGAGAUUAUCUUCAACGUAAUUUACCCAAUUUCAGCAUUUAUAAAUGGCCUAUUGCAGAGCAAGAUUGGGACGAUUGGGUCGAAUCAACGUAUGGAAAAAAUCAGUGGAAAUCGAGUAAACGAUCAUCUCCACUAAUAUGGCGUGAAUUAAUGGAACGUGGUGGUCGUGGCACACUGGUCGGUGGUCUCGAUGAUUUUCAAGAAUAUGCUCAAUGCUAUUACGGAACGAUUCUCGAUCAUUUUAUGACGAAUUCGUCAGCACUUUUUCGUUUAAUUGCCGAGGAAAACAUUCAACACUAUACUCAGGAUAUUCAGUUAAAGAAAAAAUUCAUUGAAGAAACAUUAAAUCCAUAUCAUGUAUGUAUUGUUGGCGCGCAUCAUCCAUGUGCCUAUGAAUUAUUUCCGGAAUUAUUUUCAUCCAAAUUAUUUCCUAAUCGUGAUAUAUUUCUUCGAUUAACAACAAAUGACCCAUCGAAACUAUCCAGUUUAGAAGCGAUGGCUAUGGAAAUUGAAGAUCUUGCAUGUAAACAAUUUCAUAGUGUUGAAACAGUACUACAAAAUAAUGAUAUAACUUUUGAAAAUACGGAUUUGAUUAUCGUUGUUGAUGAUUAUUUUUUUGAAGAACAACAAAAAUAUUUUGAUUCAUUAGUUGCCGAAAAAACACGAUUAAAUAAAACCUACGAUGAAGCAAAUCUAUUCGAUGAUGAACGACCUCCGUUUGAACCAGAAAGAAUGAAACAUGAUAUGAAAAGUGCCUAUCAAUAUUAUAAAACACUUGCCAGUCAAACUCAAUCGAAUAUUAAAUCAACAUGUCACAUUCUUAUUGCUUGCUCGAAUUCAACUAUGAUUGCCACUCAAGCGUUUAUAAAAACAAUGAAAUCAAUACCAACAAAUAACAUUAUUGGUCUUGCGAGAACAGUGGAAAAUCAAGCAAAAGCAAGAAUAGGAAAAAAACUCAAUGUUGAUAUUAGAAAUGUAAUUAAUCUGCAUAUAAUUGGAGAUAUAAAUGGCGAAUAUAUUAUUGAUACAAAUCAUUGUCAAUCGCUUAAUUAUGAUGGUGCUAUUUGGGCACAAUCAUUCUUACGAAAUUCGACAGAAAUGUUAGCUGAUCCGAAAUGGAUCAAAGAAGUUCUUCGAAAAGAACUUGAAAAUCGAGAUUUUGAACUUUAUUCUCAUGUUGAACACAAUCGAGCACUUGUUCAUACUCAAACAUCGGCUAUUCUAUCAUUCGUUCAAGAUUGGGUCAAUGGUUCCAAUGAUGAUCAUUCCUAUUCGUGCGUGAUGUCUUGUUCAACUGCGGCUCUUGGUUUAGCAGAAACCAAUGAUGAAGAACAGAUACAUGGAAAUUUCAUUUGUUCAGUACCUGCACUGAUAAAAGGUCCAGAUGACGUAGUGCCUAUUGAUUUGAAUCUCUCGAAUGAUAAUCGAGCGCUACUCAUUCGAAUCAUCAAGGAUAUACAAGCAAAAUACAAAAUGGACUGA